AUGUUUGAUACCGGAUCCUCAACUUCGUGGAUUACAGGUAUCAAUUGCACGGACACUGUAUGUCUCAACGCCAGCGGAUUCAAUCGCACUGAGUAUGACGAAGCGAGCUCAUCUACAUCGGUCAAUCUAGACUCGUAUUCGAGCAUUCCGUAUGUUGACGGCGAUGUUCUUUCUGGUUUCGCGUUCCAGGAUGUAUUCUCGGACGAACUGGGAGUACUCGAUUGGAACCAGACUUUUCUCGCCGCCAACCAAAGUUCCUGGCGCUUCAUCACCGCCGACGGUUUUCUCGGCCUAGGUUUCUCGUCCAUAGCGGAGAACGAGACCGCCACUUUGGUUGAGACACUCCUUUGGGCCGAUCAAUUGGACGCCCCUCGUUUCGCCGUCUUCUACGGCACGGAAGGAAACGCCGAUGAUUCCAAAGACGGCGUUCUGAGCAUUGGCGCCAGUCACGAAGAUAUCUACGUCGAUGGCGACGUAGCUUAUGUCCCACUGUACGAGGAAAAUCCUUAUCAAUUAUGGCGUGCUCCUCUCCGCUCCAUCAACGUUCUCGCAGCGCGCGACGCUAAUUCCACCGUCACGGUACACAAUGGGCACCUUCCAACGACGAACGAUCCAGCUGGCGCGUGGCCGCGCUCAAACACCACGUGGCCAUUUUAUGGCAGCGGAACGGCAGUCUUCGAUACCGGAGCUGGUCGCAUCUCGGUGCCGGCGGGCAUCAUCGAUGCCGUGUAUUUUAACCUGGGCUGGAACGUGACGAAAUUGAUGACUGGGUUGGAACGCAUGGAGUGUCAGCAUUUGAAUUCGUCGUGGGCGCUUUCAUUUACAUUUGGGCAGGCCGAUGAGAGUGAUGAUGUGACGUUUUCGAUUCGGGGCGAUGAGUUUGUUAAGAGGGGGGAACAGUGUAUGCCUCCUGUUGAUGAUAGUGCAGGUUCUAGUUUUGCGCUUCUUGGGGUGGAUUUCUUGCGUCGCUAUUACUCGGUUUUUGACUUUGGUGCGGCUAGGGUGGAGGAUUAUCAGCCGCGGAUUGGGUUUGGGAGACUUAAGACCGAGUUUGAUUAUUUGUAUGGAUCGUCAUAG